ACUUAUAGACGGCCUCUCAUGCGCUGGCCGACGCGGACGGGUAUGCCGGCCGGUGCGCGAGUAGACAGCGACAACUUGAGCGUGCCCACUUCCCUGACGAAGAAGGCCCCCUCUCUUUCUCUCUCUUGUCUACGUCCCUACAUAUAGAUAGCGUGCCGUAGUCCCCUCCGUCGUCAAUAGGCUCCCGACAUCCGAGGCGUCUAUCGCUACAAGAGGAGCCAUGCAUUCGGGACACCUCGUAUCGGGUGCAGCUGCACUAGCACUGCUUUAUGUCUCGGGGCUCGUCCUCUACCGAUUAUUCUUCCACCCCUUAGCCAAGUACCCGGGGCCGUUCAUCGCUAGGAUAACGGACGCCUACCAACUCUACCAUUCCUGGAAGGGCGACCGACACCUCGAGUUUUGGCGGAUGCACCAGCGAUAUGGCGGCGUUGUGCGGUUCGGUCCCAAUAGCGUCUCGUUCAACUCGAGCACCGCCCUCAAGGACAUCUACGGCUUCAGAUCGAACGUACGCAAAGCCGAAUUCUACGACGCUUUCGUCCACCCGGCACCCAACACCCAUAACACUAGGGACAAGAUCAUGCACGCGCGAAAGAGGAGAGUCCUGUCUCAGGGAUUCUCCGACUCUGCCACCAAGGAGAUGGAGAGGUACAUCUUGGCCAACGUGCGGUCUUUCUGCGAACAGAUCGGCCUCGGCGCGAGCAACGAACGAAAAGGCUGGACUGUGGCUAGGAAUAUGGCCGACUGGUGUAACUACCUAGCCAUGGAUAUUCUUGGCGAUUUGUGCUUUGGAAAGGCCUUCCACAUGCUGGAGAAGCCCGACAACCGGUACGCGCUCGAGUUGGUGUCGAUGGCCACGACCAGGCAUCUGAUCUGCGGGACGAUGCCCCUAGUCGGCAAGCUCCACCUCGACAAGGCCUUGUUCCGCAAGAUCGCGACCGGCCGUGAAAAGUACAUGGCGUACAGCAAGGCGCAGCUGACGGAGCGAACGAAGAUGGGACACGACACAGAUCGCCGUGACUUCUUCUACCAUCUCCUAACGGCCAGGGACCCCGAGACCGGGCUGGGAUUUACGACCCCGGAGUUGUGGGGGGAGUCGAACCUCCUUAUCAUAGCAGGGAGCGACACAACCUCGACUGCCAUGGCCGCUACGCUAUUCUACCUCGUCCGUAACCGAGCGUCGCUUGAGAAAGCAAACGACGAGGUCAGAUCAAAAUUCAACGACGUGGAGGAGAUCUGCCAAGGACCGGUCCUAAACUCGUGCGUCUACCUUCGAGCAUGUGUCGAUGAGGCGAUGCGCCUCUCUCCUUCCGUUGGGGGGAUCCUCCCGCGCGAAGUGUUAAGCGGCGGCAUAACGAUUGACGGCGAGUUCAUACCUGAGGGUACCGUUGUUGGCACACCUCAUUAUACCAUCCACCACAAUCCAGCGUACUAUCCCCAGCCAUUCUCGUACGUCCCCGAGCGUUGGAUAGCGGGCUCGCACAAGAGCUCUACCGGCUGCGGAGGAGCCGUCGUGACCGAACAAGACGUGGCUUCGGCACAGAGUGCUUUCUGCCCCUUCUCGGUCGGGCCUCGAGGGUGUAUCGGAAAGGGCCUAGCCUACAUCGAAAUGAUGACAACUCUGGCGCGGGUGCUGUACUUGUAUGAUUUGCGCAAGUCAGCCGGUUUCGACCCGGCCGAGGGGAAUCCCAACCUCGAGUGGGGCCGCCAUCGCGUGGACGAGUUCCAGCUUAUUGACCAAUUCACCAGCUUGAAGGAUGGGCCAAUGGUUGAGUUUAAGAGGCGCAUCUAGAGGACCGUCUAGAGGACAGGGAGGGAGGCGCACAUGACUACCCCAGGAAUAUGAAUACACGCAUGUAUCAUGCUGGUAUAUGAUGCCUACCUCGGCACGCUUCAAACUUCGUAGCCCAGAAA